UUGAGAUUAACAUUAUUUUUCAAAAACUUUUCUGGAUAAAGUUUAGUGAGAGAAGAAGGGUUCAGAGAGUGUGCUAGAGGAAAUAGACUUGUUUCUGCUGCAGUUGGGCUGAAUGAAUUGUAAAUAGAUUGGCGAUGGAUUUUUCUGAGUAUACAAACGCUGUUUACAGUAGAAUCCAGAAACUAGAACCAGACAAUGCUACAAAGAUUAUAGGCUAUCUUCUUUUACAAGACUAUGGUGAGCAGGAGAUGGCUCGUUUGGCUAUGGCUCCAGAGCACUUGAUUCACCAAGUGAUAGUCAAAGCCAAGACUGAACUUCAGCAGUUGGCUGCCAAGUCAGUGGCAUCCCCAAUCUCACCUUCUUUGAACCCAGUAACAGGGGCUUUCGCUCCUUAUUUGCCCGUUUCGUCGAGGCCUUUCUCGUCUCCGGCAGCCAUUCGAGUCCCAACUGCCUUUUGGGAUGCGCAACUAGUUGCUAAACAAAGCCCAGAUUUUAUGCCAUUGGGUUACCCUGACUCUAUUGCAGAACUGCAAAACCAGGCUCAGUUUUUGAGUUUGGAGGAUCAAAUAGAACCACUCAAUUCUGGGAUUUCUGGAUUCUCUAAUGAUUACUACCGGGACGCUGAAAUAGACAACUUAAAUGUUAGAACUGGUAGACGAUUUUCAAGCGUGACAGAGUUUCCAGUUAAGAUUUGUCACUAUUUCAAUAAGGGAUUUUGUAAGCAUGGAAGUGGCUGUAGGUAUUACCACGGACAAGUGAUUCCUGAGAGCUUCUCUCAGAUGUAUGGCAAUGAUUGCAUUAAUGAUGAUCAUGUUAUCUCACCGGGGUCUCUUGAGAAGUUGGAGUGGGAAAUCACUGACCUGCUUAGAUCAAGAAGAGGAAUUCCUAUUUCAAUUGCUUCUCUGCCAAUGAUGUAUUAUGACAAAUUUGGAAAAUCUCUUCAGGCAGAAGGCUACCUCACUGAAAGCCAGAGACAUGGCAAGGCUGGUUACAGCUUGACAAAGCUUCUUGCUCGACUGGGAAGCAGUAUUCGGCUGAUUGACAGGCCUCACGGGCAGCAUGCAGUAAUUUUGGCUGAAGACUCUCCGAAAUACGCAGAUCAUCGGAAUGAGAAAGGUGAUCCUGGUCCUAUUGUUAGCGGUUCGCGACAGAUAUAUCUAACAUUUCCAGCUGAGAGCACUUUCAGUGAAGAUGAUGUCUCAAACUACUUCAGUACCUUUGGCCCUGUUGAAGAUGUCAGGAUUCCCUGCCAACAGAAACGGAUGUUUGGGUUUGUUACCUUUGUCCAUGCCGAUACUGUGAAAAUGAUUUUGGCAAAAGGAAACCCACAUUAUGUUUGUGGGUCUCGUGUUCUUGUGAAACCUUACAGGGAAAAAUCAAAGCUUGUUGACAGAAAGCACCAAGAGAGAAUGGAUCCUGCGGCAUAUUUUUCUUCACACCACGCAGACAUGGAAUCAGAUUUUUAUUCAAUGUCAGUAGGAUGUGACAACUCUAGAUUGUUAAGGAAGAAGCUUGUGGAAGAGCAAGAAUAUGCGAUUGAACUUGAGAGGAUGAGGCUGGCAGAGCUGCAUUUUGCACGAAAGCCUGUGGCUAAUCAUCCCCAUUCUAGUUACUUCAUGGAUGGGCACAAAUUCUCAGAAGAUAAUUUCAACUUCCCGUCUGCGGAAUGUUUCAAUUAUCUGUUUGAUGUUCUAAACAGUGGGUCUACAAGUGAUGAUAAACACAAGCAUAUAGACACCAGUUACACUGACCAUGAAAGCCAAGGACUUAAUCUCCCAGAUAGCCCAUUUGCAACUUCAGUAGCUAGUGGCAUUUCAGCAGUCAUAUAGGUUCAGCAACACAGAAGAUUAUAGAGUUAGGUACCGUUCAAAGGCGACAUAUUUGGUUCGACACAUAACAGCUCUCUUUCUUUCCUUUUCUUUGGCUUCAUCCGCGUUUUGCCAAAGUUUCCUGCAAGUACAUACUGCCUACAGAAGAAACAUUAGAUGACACUCCUCCCUAUCACUCGGGUUGACGGACGUAGAAAAGAAGAAUUGGAUACAUAGAAGUAUAUGUAAGAAAGAUUUACAGUUUCUUAAUGUUAGUCACAGAAAUAAGGCAAGGGAUUUAGAUUUUUAUUAGAAUCUGAUGUAAUGUUUUAGUCUUUUAGUUGAAGAAAGGAUCUAGAAUAUUUCAAA